UACCGUUUUACACGCUGGUCAACUUCCUGUCUGUCCUCCGCCAGAAAACGAGGGGGAACUCGGGAAACAGGCCCAAAAGCCCGCACUCAGAGCUACGCAACCUGAGGAGCGCAAACGUGUCGAGCACAAACCAACCCCCCCCCCCCUUCUUCGUGUGGAAAAUGACGAGCGAGGAGAGGAACUAGGAGAAAAAACUGACGUCUCGGGCCACGGUAGGAACAACGGGCAGUGGCCGUAGUGCAAACCGUGACACUUUCGGUGAAUCCUCCACCAAGAGGCCCUUCCCGGACCCACUCCCAGGCGGCGAGGGAUGUAAAGCUCGGGACACGCUCUCGCGCGUGCCGAAGAGCCACCAAACCUGUGCGCGCGUGUGUGUGUGUGUGCGUGUGUUUUUUUUUGCGACUGCUGCUGCGGCCAAGUUGCGCGUUGCGUAGUGGUGGCCCCGGUCGCCAGUUGCAAAAGCUCAUCGCUUUUGCACGGGGAUUUCUUUUUCGUGUUGUUGUUGCAACCAACCCGUUAGCAAAAUAAAACUGUGUGCGUGUGUGUGUGUGUGUGAAAGAAGAAGAAGAGAAGAAAGCGAACCGUCUCGAACUCCAAUCCGCUCCAAUUCGCUUGUGUGUUGCGCCUGAAAGGUAGGCUCGCCUCCGAACGUGGUGUUCCUUUUUGUGUGUGACUGUGACUGUGUGUGUGAGUGUGUGUGUGGCAAAAAUCGAAAAACCCCAUCGAAGAGAGCAUCUCGCAAAACUGCGCGUGUUAGUGUGCGUGUGUGUGUGUGUGUGUGCGGAUAUUGCCUGAUAUUACAGCGAGUGAGCGCUGCUGCUGCUGCUGCGGUGUGUGCAGCAAACAUGUCCGAACACAAAGAUAGUGGCAAAGUGGCUGCUGCCGUGCUGAUGGCGCGUCCCGUCAAGGCCCUGGCCGAUCCCGCACCACUGCCGUCGCCGCGUGACGUCCUGUGAACAGUCCCCGCGUGUGUGUGUGUGUGCGUGCUUGUGCGUGCAAACUACGUGUAGUGUGUCCCUCGGCGACGUGCGUGUGAAAGAAUUCCACCAAGGGGAGUCACCAGCAAUCAAAAAAUUGGGAGAAAACAUACAAACACACACACACACGUACAGCGCGCGAACAUCGCGCAACAUUCCCGUUUGCAGCGCUGCUACAGGCCCACAAACAAAACCACACAAUCAAUAAGCACCCAAAGUUCGCUGAUCGAAGCGCCUCCGCGCGGGAAGGGAAGGAGGCAGGCGGGCAGGCAGCAAACAACAAGGGGACGGGGAGGAGGAGGAGCAAAUAAGUAAAAGCAGCAGCUCGAGCAGGGCGAGCUGAUGUAGGCGGGAGUGUGUGUGCAAAAGUGAAUAUUCACCCCUAGCUCACGCCCACCCCCUACACAACCCCCUCAGCCCUGUUUGCUGAAGAAAUGUGCAUUCCGGAUCAACACGCGCCGUCAGCGCUAAUCGGAUAAUUGGUACUCGAAUUUUGCACACUACGGCAAAGGAAGAUCCAAUCCUACAGCAAAAAAAAACCCGGCAAAGCAGAUCCUUAACUAACCGUCAUCAUCGUUGUCGUCGUUGCGAGAGAUGAGCUAUUUUUAAAAAGGUAGCCUUCAGCCCGGCACCUAUAAAUACGAGUCGAGGGAUAGUGAACUGGAGCACGACCAACGCCGGAAAGCAGCGGCGACACAAACACAACGCUAGAGAGAGAGAGAGAGAGAGAGAGAGAGAGAGAGAGAGUGAACGAGAGAGAGGGAGAUAGGAGGCAUCCAGGUGGAUCACAAUUAUGCCAUGCCACUGCUGCAGCGCACAAAGCCACUGAAGAUGAUACAGCUUUACUGCACAGUACUGUUCCUGCUGCUGUCGACGGCCCUGUGCGCCGACUGGAGUGCCAGCUGCCCGCAGAACUGCACCUGCAAAUGGUCGAACGGCAAGAAGUCGGCCCUGUGCAACGGGGCCGACCUUAGCGCGGUACCGUCGAACCUCUCCACCGAGAUCCAGGUGCUGGUGCUGAACGACAACAACAUCCCGUACCUCAACCGGGAGGAGUUUACCACGCUCGGGCUGGUGAACCUGCAGAAGAUACACCUGAAGCACUCGCGCGUCAAGUACCUGCACCGGGAGGCGUUCAAGAACCUCAAGAUACUGGUCGAGGUGGACCUGAGCGAGAACGAGAUCGAAACGCUGGACAAGCAAACGUUCGCGGGCAACAACCGGCUGCGCAUCAUCAACCUGUACGACAACCCGAUCAAGAUGCUGGUGGCGGAGCAGUUCCCGGUGCUGCCGUACCUGCGCAACAUCGACCUGCACGGCUGCCAGCUGCGGUACGUGGCGGAGACGGCCUUCUCCAACCUGGAUCUGCUCGAGUUUCUCGACCUGUCCAAGAACCGGCUGGAGAGCUUGCCGCACCACGUGUUCAACCACAUGAAGAACCUGAAGACGCUGAUACUGGAGGAGAACUGGUGGAACUGUGACUGCCACUUGCGGGACUUCCGCAACUGGUACCUGAACAGCUCGCUGAACCGGCGCAGCCUGAUCUGCCAGCGGCCGUACGCGCUGAAGGGUCUGUCCUGGGAGUACCUGGAGACGGAGCAGUUCGGCUGCAUGCCGACGGUCGAGAUCUACCGGGACGAGUACGAGAUCGAGGACCUCGGCACGAACAUCACGUACAAGUGUGCGGUGUCGGGCGACCCGGAACCGAACGUCCGGUGGGACAUGAACGGCAAGGACGUCGACCAGGACAACGCGAUCAUCGAGACGGAGCGGCACGUCGCGUUCGACGGCAGCGUCACGCUCUGGAGCAACCUGACGAUACUGAACGUGACGAACAACGAUUCCGGCUUCUACACCUGCACCGCCCAGAACCGGAUCGGGCUGGCGAGCAAAAACUUUAGCCUGGUGCUGCCGGAGGUGGUGGAGCGCGUCAUCAUCAAGACGCCCGAAACGUUCUGGUACUUCGGGCUGAUACUGGGCAUCUUCGGCACGAUCUUCGGCCUGCUGGCGCUGUCGGUCGUGGUCUGUCUGGUGAAGCGCAAGCUGCGCAUGCGGCGCCGCCGGAAAACGAUCAAGAACAGCGUCAGCUUCAACGACCAGGAGAAGAAGCUGCUCGACCUGAGCAUCACCACGAACGAGCGGCAGGAGUUCAGUGCGAGCGACGUGGUGACGCCCUCGACCAAGACCGACUCGACGAUCGCGAUGGAGCCGGUGCAGAUCACGAUCGAGUCGAUCGCGACGUCCAAGCGGGAGGAGUACCCGCUGAACGUGGGCGUCUUUCCGCCGCCGCCCGAGUUCUGCACGCAGAUGAUCGCGAACCCGACGAUCAGCAACAUCUACAUCUCCGUCUCGGUGACGCAGGACCCGCUCGAGGGGGGCCCGGCGGACGUCAACAUGUACCCGGACCUGCUCAACAUACCGAACCGCCACCAGAAGGGCCCGCCGAAGAUGCCGCCCGUCAGCGUGACGUCGUACGCGACGCUGCCGCGCAAGACGGCCACGGUCGGGGGCGGGCCGCGCUGCUCCAUCACGUCCGGCCACAGCUCGAGCUCGGGCGGAUCGAGCGGUGGCGGCAAGCCGUCGGUCGGCAUCGGGCCACCGCAGGUCGGUUCGCCCCUGUCCUGCACGCCCAGCCUGCUCGCUGCGGCCGAGAUACCGCUCACGGAGGGCAUUGUCAAUUACGCGACCACCGCGCUGCGGGACGACUCCGGCUGCGAGAUGUCGUCGUCCUCACCGGUCCCGUCCAUGUGCGCCGAGUGCAGCAAGGUGCUGAAGGCGUCCGGUGGCACGUUCGCGCCCAAGUACGGCACCGCGUCCCGCACGCUCACCGGCCUCGGCGGCGGCGGCGACCUGGCCACUAGCGGCCCCAGCAGCAGCAACAGCAGCAGCAGCAAGUGCGAGAAGCCGCUGGCCUGCCUGAAGUACGACAAUAUGGGCCGCCGGUACACGGCCAGCGGCAACUCGACGCUCUCGCUGCCGGACGAGCUGAAGCCGGCGGGCGGUCCGGGGCCCGCCGGGGCCGCCUUCGUCAUCAAGCAGCAGGACAUCGAAACCAUCGUCGAGCAGGACGACCAGCCGGGCGGGGCGCCGGACGGGACGGAGGCGCCCCUGCCGCAGCAGCCCCCCCCACCACCGUCGGCAGUAGUAGCCGGGGGCGCGAGCGACCAGGAGGCCGCCCAGCGGGGCCUGUACGUCGUGGGGAACGAUUUCGUGUCGCUGUAGUCGUCCAGUGGCCGCCCGGUGCGCCGGUGGCACCGCACGGAGCAACCGAUCCAAACCAUCGAACUUAACCUGUACAAAAGCGUUUAUCCUUCCUCCUUCCCACUAGCGCCACCAUCACGCCAACCGACGCCCCAAGCAGCACCGUCACACGCCGACCACCACACCACCGUUACACGCCAUUAGCGGAGAGGGGGGGAGGG